GUCCCGGAUUGGGGGCGGAGUUAGGUGACAGGCAGCUCCGCCCUGGGAGAGCCGAGCGAGAAGCCGCGGCGAGCUGAAGCAGGCGCUGGGCUGCCGCGCGGCCGCGUGUGCUUUAAUGGACCAUGUGCUGCUGUGUAUGCAUGAAGUACUUGAAAUGCAAAACUGGAGACUUUGCCAUCUAAAUGCUUGACUGGAUUAAGCGCCAAGUUAGGAUGGUAUUUCAACAAGCUGGAGUAAACAUGCAAUCGGUACUUUGGUCUGGGAAGCCAUAUGGUUCAUCUCGAAGUAUUGUCAGGAAAAUUGGUUCUAACUUAUCUCUGAUCCAGUGUCCGAGAGUUCAAUUUCAGCUUACCGGCCCUGCAGCAGAAUGGAGCCCCAGCCAUGCAGGAGAGGAGGCAGUCGCAUCUUUUGCUGAUGUUGGAUGGGUAGCCAGAGAAGAAGGAGAGUGUUCAAUGAGACAGAGGACAGAGGUCAGGUCAAGGCAGCCCUCCCUUCAGGAUGAACUUCCGGUCUUUGAGAAGCCUCCCAGCAGGUAUAUUUCCUUACCAAACCUGUCUUCAGAGGAGCCUCAAUCCAAGACUUCAACUCUAGCGAAUGAGGAAGCACUGCAGAAGAUCAGUGCCCUUGAAAAUGAACUUGCUGCUCUCAGAGCGCAGAUUGCCAAAAUCGUGACCCAGCAGGAGCACAAGAAUCUCACAGCAGAUUCUGCUGCAUCUGUUACUGCCCCGCCAGUUCCCCCACCACCCCCUCCGCCCCCUCCCCCGCCUCUUCCUCCUCCCCCUCCCUCUGGACUCCACCAAAGUAAGUCUGCUGUUGACCUGAUUAAAGAGAGAAAAGAGAAGAGAGCCAAUGUUGAAAAGACUUCGGUUAAGAACUCUCCAAAGAAACAUGACAUGCCAAAUAUGUUAGAGAUUCUCAAAGAUAUGAAUAGUGUAAAGCUUCGGUCAGUAAAAAGGUCAGAACAAGAUACGAAGCCCAAACCAGUUGACGCUACUGAUCCUGCUGCUCUUAUAGCAGAGGCUCUGAAAAAGAAGUUUGCUUAUCGGUAUCGAAGUGACAGCCACAGUGAAACUGAAAAAGGAAUUCCAAAGUCUGAAUCAGAGGCCACCUCAGAAACAGUGUUGUUUGGACCACACAUGUUGAAGCCUACGGGGAAAAUGAAGGCCUUAAUUGAAAAUGCUUCAAAUUCCUAACGGACAACAAUAAGCUGAGAAAGACUUUCUUUGUUCAGCUAUUGAUUUGUUAGGUCUAUGUAGAAAUCAACACUAUUAGUAAAUGCCUGACUUUAGUAUUCAGUACUCUCUUUAAAUCUAGCUAGAGGAUUAAGCAAGAACAAAAGUGGUCUGCAUUUGUUCUUGCUUUUAUGAAAAGGUCAGUUCUGAAGUUUCCAUAAUGUCUGAUAUGCCACAUGUUUUUUAAUGUCGCAGCUGGGUGUUUAGCUUUCCAGUCUUGAAAACAAUUAUACAGAAUUCAGAACAAAGAAAGGACAUUUAUAGAUAUGGAUUUUUAACACUAAUUUAUCUGUACAAAUGUUUCAUGUAUUUGGAUAUAAAACAACUUGAAAAUUUUAGAGAUGACGGCAAUAAGAGUACUAUUAUUGUCAUUCAUUUUCAGUGAUCCUUUUGUCAGUGUUGGAACAACUUUGAUACAACACAAGUUGUUAGAGUGAAGUAUUUGAGAUUGGAAUCUUUCUUGCCUUGAACAGAACAUUUAUCUGAGAUUCUUUUUCUUGGAGAUGGAAUUUGAAUAGGAACCAGAAAAUGUUCACUGCUGAGAUUCUAUAAUGUAUAGAAUUAUACUUUAAAGGGAAGACAAAACCCAAGAAAGCCAUUUUCCCCCAAGUGCCAUCCAGUACUGAGCAAGGAAUUGUAAUUUUCAAAUAGUAAGGAAUCAAAUUAUUGAAUUAGGUAUCUUUUAAAGUAAAAAAUCCGGAAGGUGCCACCAUUUUCUUUUUAUAAAUAACAUCAUAAAGAUGACUUGUUGCUAAGUUAAUACUUCUGGGAAUGUCAGCAUAAUGGACUUAAGUUUAACUAUUGGUCAGAAUGACAUAUUUUACAUUACAUUACACAACAUGAGCCUACUGUGUUGCUACAAAGUGGAGAAUGGCCCUUGUCAUCUAGAGCUUCUGAGGAGUUGACUGGAAGUGAUAAUUUUAGAAUGCUUGUAAGUCUUCAUGAUUUUUCUGUAUUUCUGUUAUUCUCAGAGAUAGCUAAUACCGGAAUCUCCUACCAUGAGUAAAUAUUUGGAUUUAUUAUUUAAGUCUAAUUUAAUAAGUUGUACCUUCUAAGGGGAUUCAGAUGUAGGAAGAGUAGAUAGUCACUUUUAAGUUAUUGAAAAUAUGUGCAAUGUUCUAAAUACUAGCAAAUAAUAAUUGAAAUAAUUUACAUGAGCUGGUUGUUCAGUUUAAAUUUCACCCGUGGCUUAUAUUACACGUGUUGAUGUGUACUGUUUCUAAUUGUUUUAUAUGGUUUAAAAUUUUGCCUUUAAAAAAAUUGAAAAAAUUCUCCUGACAUUCCAAGAAAUUUUGAUUUGUAUAAGUAUUGGAUCGUGGCCAGUGCUCCAAUAAGGAAGUUACUGUUUCGAAAUAAAGCAAACUUUAUUUUCCUUGGA